UCUGAGUGCUACUCUGUUUAAGGCACUGUUCGUUGAGGUGACGAAAGAGUUAAGAUGCAAGAACCGCGUGAGUGGAGCCGGUGCUCGAGCCGUCUCUAAACAUGUGCCGCUGUCCUGGCUCGUGGCUACUACUGCAGUCGGUGAAGGAUCGGACAGUGGAGGGACCCGGAACGGUGCGCCGGUAGCAGGACGGUGAGACUUCGCAUGGACUGUUGGUCCAUAUAUCACAUAAAUUAUUGGCUGUGCUGCAUCCGGUGGGACCACCGCAGCGACAAUAUUACGGAUUCACCUUGAGGAGAGUACACUGAUGCCUACUGGAGUGUUACAUGAGCUUUUUAAGCACUCCAAAAAUCUCUCUCUCUCUCUCUUCCAUCAGCUUCGCUCUGUUGUUUUUUAUAUAAUCCUCCAUGCUAUUCUCUCUCAGUGGGUAUGACUCUCAGUCAGUGACCUCAGGAAGGUCACUGUUUCAUUUCUUCUAUUCCUUCUGUAUUCCACGAGGGCUUCACUGUAUCAGAGCUACUGUAAAACACAUAGGAGACUGUCCAGGAGUAAUCGGAACAUCUUUCCUAUUCAUUUGGAACAACUUUUUUUUGUGCUGCUGUGUGUGAACAUUCAGCACAUGACAGGAACCCAGUACCUGCAUCCUAAAAUCAGGAUAAACAAAGAGUGACUUAGGAAGCCAUACAUCUGUCAGUCACUGGCCGGGGGUCAAUACCUUGGCCCCGUAUCCACAAUGUGUCUCAGAGUAGGAAAUUGCUGAGAAUAGAAACAUUCUAAUCCUACUCUUAUGGGUCAAAAUAAAAGCUAUAGGUGAAGCCUCUUUAGUCAUAAGAUUCCCACCUAGUCGACAGAUACUUUUGGUCAUGUAGUGUACAGUAUGUGGACGCCUGCUUUUUGAACAUCUCAUUCCAAAAUCAUGGACAUUAACAUGGAGUUGGUCCCAGCGUUGCUGCUAUAUCACCCUCCACUCUUCUGGGAAGGCAUUCCACAAGAUGUUGGAACAUUGCUGCAGGGACUUGCUUCCAUUUAGCCACAAGCAUUAGUGAGGUCGGCCACUGAUGUUGAGCGAUUAGGCCUGGCGCACAGUUGGCAUUCCAAUUCAUCCCAAAGGUGUUUGAUGGAGUUGAGGUUAGGGUUAUGUGCAAGCCAGUCAAGGUCUUCCACACUGAUCUUGACAAACCAUUUCUGUAUGGAGCUUGCUUUGUGCAUGGGGGUAUUGUCAUGCUGAAACAGGAAAGGGCCUUCUCCCAAACUGUUGCCACAAAGUUGGAAGCACAGAAUCAUCUAGAAUGUCAUUGUAUGUUGUAGCAUUAAGAUUUUCCUUCACCCAAAACAUGAAAAACAGCCCCAGACCAUUAUUCCUCCUCUACCAAACUUUAUAGUUGGCACUAUGCAUUGGGGAAGGUAGCGUUCUCCUGGCAUCCGCCAAACCCAGAUUGGUCUGCCGGACUGCUGCCAGAUGGUGAGGUGUGAUUCAUCACUCCAGAGAAUGUGUUUCCACUGCUCCAGAGUCCAAUGGCGGCGAGCUUUACACCACUCCAGUCAACGCUUGGCAUUGUGCAUGGUGAUCUUAGGCUUGUGCUAGGCUGCUCGGCCAUUGAAACCCAUUUCAUGAAGCUCCCGAUGAACAAUUCUUGUGCUGACGUUGCUUCCAGAGGCAGUUUGGAAUUCGGUAGUGAGUGUUGCAACACCGGACAGACAAUCUUUACUUGCUUCAGCACUCAGUGGUCCCAUUCUGUGGGCUUGUGUGGCCUACUAGUUCGCGGCUGAGCCGUUGUUGCUUCUAGACGUUUCCACUUCACAAUAACAGUACUUACAGUUGACCCAGGCAGCUCUAGCAGUCCAGAAAUCUGACCACGUGACUUGUCACUGAGCUCUUCAGUAAGGACAUUCUACCUGCAAUGUCUUAAAUCAAAAUAUAUAUGGGCUGCAUGAUGUGACUAUAGGCUCUUGAUGAUUUGAGAAAGUCGCUGUUCUCUCAUCAAGUGAUCAUAUUUUCACCCAUCAGACUAUUCUCAAUUUAAUCUUGCCUUUACUAAUAUGUCAAAUUAGUUUAGAUUCAGAAUGCUCCAUUAUCAAAUGGGCAGGAACAGAGGCAGAGGAAAAAUGGAGUCCACUUUCCUACGGUUCAUUUUCAAUAAUGCAGUUAGGCUACUGUUUCACUCCCUGCAUCAACCACUGUUCGAAGUGCAUGCAGCCUCUUGCUGUGGGACUUGUGAUAUUUUGCCCCAAACUCUGUAUGUCAUGGGCUCUCCAACCCUGUUCAUGCAGCUAACCAGUGCUCUGUAUGUCAUGGGCUCUCCAACCCUGUUCAUGCAGCUAACCAGUGCUCUGUAUGCCAUGGGCUCUCCAACCCUGUUCAUGCAGCUAACCAGUGCUCUGUAUGCCAUGGGCUCUCCAACCCUGUUCAUGCAGCUAACCAGUGCUCUGUAUGUCAUGGGCUCUCCAACCCUGUUCAUGCAGCUAACCAGUGCUCUGUAUGUCAUGGGCUCUCCAACCCUGUUCAUGCAGCUAACCAGUGCUCUGUAUGCCAUGGGCUCUCCAACCCUGUUAAUGCAGCUAACCAGUGCUCUGUAUGCCAUGGGCUCUCCAACCCUGUUCAUGCAGCUAACCAGUGCUCUGUAUGUCAUGGGCUCUCCAACCCUGUUAAUGCAGCUAACCAGUGCUCUGUAUGCCAUGGGCUCUCCAACCCUGUUCAUGCAGCUAACCAGUGCUCUGUAUGUCAUGGGCUCUCCAACCCUGUUCAUGCAGCUAACCAGUGCUCUGUAUGCCAUGGGCUCUCCAACCCUGUUCAUGCAGCUAACCAGUGCUCUGUAUGUCAUGGGCUCUCCAACCCUGUUAAUGCAGCUAACCAGUGCUCUGUAUGCCAUGGGCUCUCCAACCCUGUUAAUGCAGCUAACCAGUGCUCUGUAUGUCAUGGGCUCUCCAACCCUGUUCAUGCAGCUAACCAGUGCUCUGUAUGCCAUGGGCUCUCCAACCCUGUUAAUGCAGCUAACCAGUGCUCUGUAUGCCAUGGGCUCUCCAACCCUGUUCAUGCAGCUAACCAGUGCUCUGUAUGUCAUGGGCUCUCCAACCCUGUUCAUGCAGCUAACCAGUGCUCUGUAUGCCAUGGGCUCUCCAACCCUGUUCAUGCAGCUAACCAGUGCUCUGUAUGUCAUGGGCUCUCCAGCCCUGUUCAUGCAGCUAACCAGUGCUCUGUAUGCCAUGGGCUCUCCAACCCUGUUCAUGCAGCUAACCAGUGCUGUGUAUGUCAUGGGCUCUCCAGCCCUGUUCAUGCAGCUAACCAGUGCUCUGUAUGCCAUGGGCUCUCCAACCCUGUUCAUGCAGCUAACCAGUGCUCUGUAUGCCAUGGGCUCUCCAACCCUGUUAAUGCAGCUAACCAGUGCUCUGUAUGCCAUGGGCUCUCCAACCCUGUUCAUGCAGCUAACCAGUGCUUAAUUUGGGAAACCAAGUGAUAUCUGUUUGGGAAGAUCAAUAGUAACAUGUUUUCACAACAAAAUAUAUUUCAUUAAACUGUUUGACAGCCCUUCUUUCUGCAUGCUGGAGAAAGGAAUGAAGGAGAGAGAGGAGUAGAUGGAAAUGCACGAAGAAUAGAUAUUCUGCAGCUAAAGACAUGUAUUUCUCGUCCACGGGAUAAAAGGAGAGGGAUGGUCAUAAUGGUGUAAUUGAACAGGGGACCUCUCACACACCAAACCAACCAUUAGACCAAGAGAAAAUCCUUCAGGUCUUAAAGUGACAUUUGGGCAUAAAACUCUCAAGCACGACUACCUCAUCACGAAGGCGUGGCGAUUCAAAAUAACCCCUACUACAAUGGCAACCACAGCCCCUACGCCGGUGCCUCUGACUGUCCUGUGUCGCUGGUACCUGUACGCCAUCCACGGCUACUUCUGUGAGGUCAUGUUCACCGCCGCCUGGGACUUUGUGGUCAACCGCGACUGGAAGUUCCCUGGUGUUACCAGUGUGUGGGCUCUGUUCAUCUACGGGACCUGCAUCCUCAUUGUGGAGCACAUGUACCUGGCCCUCCGAGCUCUCCAGUGCCCCCUGCUGCUGCGAUGCCUCAUCUAUACUGUAUGGACGUACAUCUGGGAGUUCAGUACAGGGCUGUUGUUGACCCAGUUCGGGGCUUGUCCCUGGGAUUAUUCCCAUUUUCAGUAUAACUUCAUGGGGUUGAUCACGGCAGAGUACGCCCUGCCAUGGUUCUGUGCGUCAUUCAUGACGGAGCAACUGGUUAUACGCAACACACUGCGGCUAAGGAUGGACACAGACGGAACAGAGGACGUCAAGUCUGAUGCAGGUUGGGGAGAAGAUGGGGGAGGAGGGGGGAGGAGACAACGGGUUGAACAAGGAGGUACAGAGGUAAAUGGUUUCCUGAAAGUGGACUGAGGACUGAGCAAAGAACACUGAGGUCCAGUUUUAAAGACACUGAUAACCCUAAUAGUGGACUAAAUAGCCUUCUCAAGGGAUAAUCUCUAUUGAAAGUGCUUUUUAGUCCAGGACUAGGCUUAAUCUGGGUCCAGAAAACGGUCCCUGAAUCGUAACUCUUCUUUCUGGGAAAUGUACAUUGAAUAUUUAUUUAACAGCAUUCAAAGUACUGUAGUUAUGUAGCUUCAGGUUGCAAUCUGAAGUAAGUUCUGUAUUGACUAUCAAAUACUGGGUCCUAAAGCAAUGCAAUAGCUUCAAUACAUUGUCAUGUGGAGAAUGCUUUCUAAAGUUAGUGAUAGAGUUCUGUAUGCACUGCAGUCUGUUUCAAAAGGCAAUUGAUUUAGAGUAGUCUACAACUCAGUUAGGUGUACUCUUAUAAUGUACUGUAUGUAUUGCACAUGCCCAAGCAUGCUAUAUGAAUGAUGUCUCAGGUACCUACAUUAACUGUGGGCUGUAUCUACUGUUCUUCCAAAUGAAAGAAAUCAGGAUUUCUAUGUUCAAAACCAGAACCUCGAACCGUGGCAAUGUCUAGAGUUACCCUCCUGUGGAUUUGCACUCUAACCCCACUUGUCAUUGUAUUUGACCUUUAUUUAACUAGGCAAGUCAGUUAAGAACAAAUUCUUAUUUACAAUGACAGCCUAGGAACAGUGGGUUAACUGCCUUGUUCAGGGACAGAAUUACAUAUGUUCACCUUGUUGGCCCAGGGAUUUAAUCUAGCAACCUUUCAGUUACUGGCCCAACACUAUAACCACGAGGCUACCUGCUGAACUUGGUUCAGUUUAUCAACCAGCUAAUUAUUAGAAUCAGGUGCGGUAGGGUUGGGGUGAAAACCUACAGGAGAGUAGUGCUCUAGGAAUUGAUAAGAUACUGCACCUGAAUGCUUGAUCUGAAGUGUCAUAUGAAUACUGUAUUACCACAAAUCUUUCCCAACAUCCAAAUCCUGUAGUUGGUGCGAGAUUUGAUUGGUUCCUUCAGAGAUUAUAUUGGCACCAACAACAACCAUAGGAUUUGACAAGACAGCACAAACAGAUGUGGGACCUUAGAGAUAGAAUUACAUUCUGUGUGUGGGACAACCAGGAUACCUCAAGCCACGCGGAUUCAAAAGCAGUAGAUCAACAAUGCAAAGUGAUGACGAUUAUUGUAAUUUUUUUUUCAAUCGCUUUGGUGCUAUUUCCACAAGUAUGUGGGGAAUUUUCAAAACUCUUCGUACAAAACUCCAAACUGUACUGCACUUUUUGUGCAUUCAUUUUGUUUGAAGCCAUCCUUCACCACACAGCCAUUGAUCCAAAGAUCCAAGUUUACUGUGAAAUACAAUAAGAACAUUGAUUUAAUCACCAAAACACAACAAUGAUAUCUUCUCAAUUUAGUUAUUUUAACAACCAGUUAAUCAAUAGUAAAAAAAAUGCAAAAAAUACAUGUUUAAAAAAUGCCCUUUGAAUGUAACAUGCUACUGUACUAUAAAUUACAGUACAUUACACUGUUUUCACAUUACACUUGCACUACCCAUUCAAAUGUACUGAACCUCAAAUGUCCAUCAUUUCUAUACCAUGUGUGAUCAAAGGUGUGAAAAUGGAAGAAAUCUUUCAUCUUUCACAAUCAUUGAUGCAGAAAUGUAAUGUAUUGUUCAAAUAUCAUUACAACAUACUGUAGGUGUAUUGUAACCAAUUGAAAGGAAUGUUAAAAACAAAAACAAUGUUUAACAGGCAUUAGUUUGCAUCAAAGGUUGUCUCGAGAAUUUGGCCAUAGGCUCAUAUCGACAUGGCAGUAAAUGUCCUCAUUGUUCAUGCUCGUGGAAAAAAACAUUUUGGCAUGGUGAAUCCAAGCCUUACAUAGUUCUGGAUUUGAUGUCACUGCAGGCCUCAUCCAUGGCCUGAAUGAGGGUGGUACGCUCAUGGGGAUUGCAAUCAUACAUCUUCUACCUGUAUUGUAAUCAUGUAUUGUAUUUUACAGUAUUGAAUUGUAAUUAUAUGUGUUAUUGUGGCCCUGUACGUGGCUCAGUUCAUAAGGGCACGGCACAAGCAACACCAGAGUUGUGGGUUCAAUUCCCAUUGGGGUCACAGAUGAAAAUCUGCAGACUCACUGUUGUCACUUUGGAUAAAAAUGCAUGCUAUGUAAAUUGAAUAUAUUACAGUUACAAUGCAAUUUUAUUUAAGCGGUGUGACCCCCCCCCCCCCCCCCCAUCAAAAAGACCCCAGCAACUUCAUUCUGGACACAUAUGUACUGUAUAGGGGAUGCAGUUGUUACAUACAUCACAUCUCUGAUCUUGUUAAUAUCAGAUUUUGUCUUACUGUGAAGUCAAAUCCUAGUCAUCAUUACAUUAUUGUGCGUUAUAGUAUACGGUGUAUCAUACUUCAUGUGUUUCUAGUUCAUUUUCAUUAUGUACAAAAUCUGUGGUAGACAAAACACUUUCAAAUCUAUAGGUUUAACAAACUGUUCAGUGAUGAGCAACUAAGAGCAGUCGGAUUCAGUAAUAGUAUAAUGUAUUUUAACAAAUCAGACGAGCAUGAUAUAAAAAGUAAUGUGAGCAUUGCAUUGUGAAACGAAAUUACCCGUAUAUGAGCAUGUCUUGCAAUGCGUAAAUAUGUAUUUCUAGAUUUAACACAGAUUGUUUGGUGAAAAAGUGAUUGUAUCAUUCUGUGUGUUGUACUUAGUUUUGAAACAACUGCCUUUUUGAUGAUCUGUUUUGAGUUUUGUUGAACAGUUGUGAAAAUGUACCACAUAUUUGUGAAAAUUGCACCAAAGGUAUUUACAUUUUUUUUUUAAAUGUAUUCAAACAUGUAGGCCCUAACUGGAUAUUUGAGUCUAAUCUACAACUACCGGUAUAUGUCAGUAGGCAUAGAACAUUGGGUGCUGCUCAUGUCUUUAUACAAGAAAUCCAUUGCUUUGAUGAUGCAAUUAUAGUAAUGAGAAUUUACAAGCCACACAAAUGAAAUAUGCAAUGGAAAGUGUGUGUGUCUGCAUGUUCAGUGAUGGUGGGGGAGAGGCUGAUCUCUCACCACAUAAACCUAAGACUUCGUAUGCAUGUAACAAAGUUAUUGUCAGGUGUACUUAUUUCCAAACUUUAGUUUUCUUGGUUCGACAAAAAAAAAAAAUACUAUGACAUACUGCACUGUAUUAUAUCACACAUGUAUUGUGUAUCGUUUGUGGAAUAAAUGUAUUUAUUUGACCAUAAAAUCUGUUGCUCUUUGGUUUUAGGCUGGGUAUCUGUAAAGCACUCAAUGACAACUGGUGAUUUCUAAAGAACUUUAUAAAAUACAUUUGUGAGUUGAACCACUUCGCUUCACUACAGUCUCAGAUCAAAU